CGAAUUGCAGUGCUUCCUCUGGCAGCAACAUCUAAGAAUCGAUCAACACCAGUCCAUGUUCAAUCACCUACCUACCUGACCUUUCAGUCCGAAAUAUUUGCCAAAAGGCGACUCAAGCUAGCCGACAGCGAAAUACCUGGCAGUCACCAUGGCGUCCAUUGGGCCACAACUCCCUCCGCACCUACAAAAGCGCAAGCGCACUCCAGAAGACGAGGAGGCAGAGUCUGGUUGUUCGCCCCCCCCAAAGGCCUCGCGCCGAGAAAACGAUGAUGAGAUCCCGCUGGACGACGACGACUUGGAUGACGCCUUCGGACCAAGCGCACCAGGUUCCACGCGCAACGGCGACACAGAGGAGACGGCAUCUCGACCAAAACCGGUGAUCGGCCCUUCGCUACCACCAUCAGUCGCAAACAACAGCACGCCCGCCCCGAGAGACGAGAAACGAUCGGUUGGCCCCUCGCUUCCGCCCACAAAACAGCCAUCGAACAGCGACGAGAUACCCCUUGACUCUGACCCGGACCAAGACACGCCCGGUCCCGCGCCUCCUCCUCCUCCCCCUCCCAAGCGCGUGCUCGGCCCUGCGCCGCCGCCAGCUGACCUCUCGGAGCGCCCCACGACCGACCCCGACGACUCCGAUUCCUCAGAAGACGACGACGACGACUGGGGCCCGGCCCUCCCCGGCGAGUCGUCCACCCGCUCCCGAGCAGCAGCAGCAGCAGCAGCAGCAGCAGCCGCCACCGCCACCUCCUCCCUCUCCGAGCCUGAACCCGGCAGCACCGCCCCCAAGCGGGACGACUGGAUGCUCGCGCCGCCGACGAGCAGCGGGCCGCGCGCCCCGGAUCCGACCAAGCUCCGCCCGCGCAAGUUUGCGACUGGGCCGCGCGCCGCCACGGCCGCGGACGGCCGGCCGCCGGCCGGGGUCAGCGCCAUCUGGACCGAGACGCCCGAGGAGAAGGCCCGCCGGCUGGCCAACGCCGUGCUGGGGCGCGAAGACCCGAACGCGGCGCCAUCCGCCGCUGCCUCGCGGGGACCCGAGGUCGGCAGCGGCGGCAGCGGCAGCAGGAGGGCGGACGCGGCCCGCGUCAAGUCCUACGUCGAGCAGACCCGGGGCAAGAGCCUCGUGGAACAGCACCAGGAGGCGCGCGCAGCGGGCAAGGCGGCGGCGUCCUCUGCGGCGCGGCUCAAGGGGGACGGUGCCAAGUGGGGUGUCAAGGCCGGCGGCAGUGGGGAUGACGACGAGGAGGAGGACGACCCCAGCAAGCGGGCGUUUGACUGGGAGAAGGACAUGAAGGUGCUCGGGCGGAUCACCAACGCGCAGCGGAGGGAGCUGCUGAAUAGGGCGGCAAAUUUUGGAAAUAGGUUCCAGAGUGGGAAGUUCCUGUAAAUUUGGAAGAAGAGAGCAUCACACAUGUCGCGGCAGGUUUGCGGUUGGCCUCAGGGGUUUGAUUUUCGAGACGUUAUCUGUGACACGCUAGAACUUGGCUUUAGGUGCCCAACUCAAUAAAACAUCGCGACCGGAGCUGGCACGACAGAGGGCGGCGGAAGAAACCCAUGCAGUGCAGAUGAUUACAAUGUCCAUUUUAGCUCUCGCGGCGCAUGCGCCCAAAAUACACAAGAAACACCCAAACCCACCCUAGGCCUGGGCAUC